AUGUCAAUGUCCCGGUCACAGUCCCAUGUCCCCGACCAGCCACGCCCCUUUCUCCAACGCGUCACGGACAUCGGGCGGCUCCCGUACGGGGGCCUGCCGGGCCGCUGCGUGUACGGGCCCGACGAUCCGCCGGCCCACUUCGACGCGACCCUGACCAACCACUUCGUGCGCCAACACCUGGAGGCCAGCCUCAGCUGGGACGGGCACCACCUGCUGCAGCUGCUGGAGCAGAACGAUGUGGAGAACAUGCGGGUGAUGGACGGCUACCGGCCGCUCGUCCUCGAGCUGGACCAGUACCUCGCGCGCUUCUGGUGCCGCGCCGACAACGGGUUCUACUACUUCGUCUGCACCAAGCUCCAGGGGCUGGAGUACUGCAGCCGCUUCGUCAAGUGGGUCAACGUCAAGAGCACGCUGCAUCCGGUGGUCGAGGCCACCACGGGGCCGGGCUUGCAGCCGCUGAGCCAGGAGCUGGACGACCAGUUCAACAGCGUGCGUGACCAGCUGCUGCACCAGAUUGUGCAGCUGCAGCGGACGAUGGAAACACGUCCGUCACCGCAAGCCCUGCACGAGCUGCAGCUGCAGAAGGAGCAGUAUGUCGAAUCGGUGGUGCUCGAACAGAAGCAUCGGGUGCGGGCUUCACAACAGCAGCAGGUACAGCAUCAGCAGGUACAGCAACAGCACCCGCAGAAAGAGCAGCCACACAAACGGCAGCCAAAGCAGCAGAUGCAGGGGUUUCACAAGUUCCGGCUGGUUCAGCAACAGCAGCCACAGCAGAGGCAGCCGAUGCAGCCGAUGCAGGAGUUUCACCAGUACCCGCUGGUUCAGCAGGAGCUGCAGCGGUACCACCAGCAGCAGUGA